AUGACCUCCUCUUUGAUGAACAACUUGUCAAGGAAUCAACAAAGACACAAUGAUAAUGUUUCCCAACAAAAUAUUUCAAAUAUUUCUCUCCUUAACUCCUCUAGACCAAACUUACAUAUCUAUAAUAACAAUGUAUCAAACAGCCAUACUAUGAACAGUGAAGCAUAUGUAAUUAGAAGUGAGAUUCUUUUGGAUUUGUUAGACAAUUCAAAAAACAUAUUGAAUCAAUUUAGAGCUAAAAUAGAUAAUGGCUACAACUUUCAAUACCCAUUUCCUACAAAUUGUAUUGAGUAUGGCAGAAGAAACAAUAACAGGACUGUGAAUGCUGGCAUGAUCACUUCAAUGUUUAAUGCAAAACUAAACAAACCUGUAUUAAGUUCUUUCAGACAGAAUGUUAAAGAAAACCUUAAAGCCAACAAUUAUCCUCUAAAAAAUUCUGAAGAUCUAAAGCCCAAACUUGGUCUUUUAAAUCUUGACAUGAAAAUGCCUGAUACCUCAUCAGCAGAAGAUGUUGUCAAAGGUCUCAAUCCCGCAGCUAUUGGUAAAUUGAUGGAUAAAAAAUUUACUUCAAUUCUUAAACGUACCGAUAAUCUUAUCACUCGUGUUUCUGACAAAAGUUCCAAAGUUCUUGUUGCUGGUGAUGUCAAUGCUGGAAAAAGUACUUUUGUAAAUACUUUGCUUAGACGAGAAGUGAUGCCAACAGACCAACAACCUUGUACAACCCUUUUCUGUGAAGUCUUGGGGGUUCAUGAAAAUGAUAAUGUUGAAGAGGUACAUGCAAUCAAGGAUAUAAAAUUAUAUGACAGAAAAGAUUGUUCAACCUAUACUGUUAUAGAUUUGAAUUCAAUAGCCAAUGUUAUGAACAGUGAAAUACAACAAUACUCUCUACUCAAAGUAUACUGUAAAGAUAGACGCCAAGCACAGGAUUCACUUUUACACAAUGGCAUUAUCGAUAUUGCUUUGAUUGAUUGUCCUGGACUAAACAGAGACACUCUUAAAACCACUGCAUUGUUUGCAAGACAAGAAGAAAUUGAUGUUAUUAUUUUUGUUGUUAGUGCUGAAAAUCAUUUCACCUUAUCAGCCAAAGAAUUUUUAUCAAAUGCUUCCAAUGAAAAAGCUUAUCUCUUUAUUGUAGUCAAUCGUUUUGAUAAUAUCAGGGACAAAGAAAAAUGCAAAAGAUUAGUUUUAGAACAAAUAAAAGAAGUCUCGCCUCGUACUUAUGACAAUGCAAAAGAAUUGGUGCACUUUGUGUCAGCAUCUGCUAUUAAAAUCCCUCCCACUGAUAAUAUUAUUUCGGCUGAAAAUUUAUCUUUACCAUCAACUUCUUCAGCUUCUAAUGAUCCAGUUGAACAAUUUGAUUUAUGUGAAGAAGCACUACAUAGUUUUAUCAUUGAAAAACGGACUAACUCUAAGCUUGCACCUGCACAACAUUUUCUUGAAAAUCUUGUACAAGAUGUUGGUUUAUUGUCAGAACUUAACCUUGACCAUGCUCUACAAGAACACAACAGAGCUAAUAUGGAACUUGAAGAGAGAAAAAAUGAUUAUGAGAAAUUAGUUGAAGACGAGAAAAAGGUUGCCGAAAAUGCAGGAAGAAUGAUUGAUGAUUAUUGUAAUGGUAUCACUAGGUUGUGUGGACAACAAGUAAAAGAAGUAAUUAGAAAUGUUCAUAAAGAUAUCAAGGUCGAAUUUCCAGGAUUUUUUUCUGUUUGGAAUUAUGCAUCUGAUGUUCGUGAUGCAAUGUUGGAUAAAAUUUUGGAACAGAUUCGAAAUUCCGAAUCAUAUUCAAUUCAUGCUACGCAUGAAUGCAUCACGAAACUUAGAUCAAUGGGUGAAGAUUUACCCGAUAUUAAUGGAAAUACCACUGCUGAAGUAGAUGUUGAAUCAAUGUUUGCAAAUUUCAAUCAUUCUCUCAAUAUUCCUGUUGAAAUUUCAGACUUUGUUGAUUUGGAUAUUCAUGAAAAAUUUAACAGUGAAUUAGUAAAUGUUGUUGGUAUGGCUAGUGCUUCUCUUGUUGCACUUGGAACUAAUGCUAAAAUAUUACACAGUUUCUUGAAACUAGGCAGUGUUUUAAAUGUUUAUAAUAUGCGUAAAAUUGUUUUGCCAGUUCUUGGACUUGCUAGUAUUGGACUUGUUUAUUAUUUAGUAUUAGACAUUCGAAAUACUGUACCACGUAAAGUUGCUCGUAAAAUUCAAAAAGUUUUAGAACAAGAGAAUUAUAUUGACAAACAGAUGAAUAAGAUUGUUAGACGAGUCAGAAAGAAAACACGUUUAGUAUCUAAUGAAUUGGUGUUUAGAUAUCGUUUAGCUGUUGAAGAGGAAAAGAAGAAACGUGAAUCUUUAAUAUACAUUGUUGAUAAAUCUCAAGAGGCAUUGUUGUUCUUUGAAGAGAUUUUACGUUCCACUGAAAAAAUGGCUAAUGCUUUAUCAAAUAUUGAUAAAACCUAA